AUGACCGACUUUGGACCUCGUGCCCCCCAUGGGCCCGACAUGACGGGCACUCACAACCCGCUGGAGGACAUGGACAUGAACGAGAAGGGUGCCUUUGAUAAGCUGAUCCGCCCGGACGACAGUUACUCCCCCGAGGGUGUGUACUGGGCCGAUAUGCCUCUGGGCCAGAAGGUCAAGUUCGUCAGCUCCUAUGAUGCCCAGGAGACCAAGCGCGAGCUCGCCAGCAUCUGGGCCAUGAUGAAGGAGGACCCCUUGUCCCCCGUCUCCUACUACUUCCGCAACAUGGUCCUCCCCGGUGCUGGUCUUGGCCUCGAGGGUUAUGUCCUGUUCUCCAUCGGUAACAUCAAGCCCCUGUUCCAGAAGACUUUCCCUGAGUGCUGGAGUAAACACAAGACCUGUGACAAGCAGUGGGUCUACGCCGUCGACUACCUCGAGAUCAUUGGUAUCAUCGUGGGUCAGAUUCUGGUUGGUGUCAUUGGUGACUGGAUUGGCCGUCGCUGGGGUCUGAUUCAAGACGCCACGAUCAUGUUCAUUGGUCUGAUUAUGCUUGUUGCCGCCUGGGGUGUUACCCAGAAUGGCUGGGUCAUCUGCUACGCGUGGUCUCUGUUCUUCUACUCCGUCGGUGUUGGUGGUGAAUACCCCAUGACGGCCACCUCCGGUAUGGAGAAUGCUAUCGGUUCUGGCAAGAUCUCGACCAAGGAGGAUCGUCUCCACCGUGGCCGCAAGGUCACCUCCGCUUUCCUGAUGCAGGGCUGGGGUCAGUUCUUCAACCAGGUGAUCCUGAUCGUCCUCUUGCUCUGCUUCCACCACGGUAGCGGCAACAACCCUUACUCGGAGGUCGCGACCCAAUGGACCUACCGUGUCUCUUUCGCCAUCCCCGCCGUGGGCACUUUGUGGCUGGUUUACUACCGUGCCUACCACAUGAAGGCUGCCUCUAAGCAGCUGACUGCGGCCAAGAAGAAGGCCUCCGUCACCGGCUACGAUAUCCAGUCUCUCCGUUUGACCUUCAAGUACUUUGGUCCCCGUCUGCUCGCCACCGCCGGUGGUUGGUUCGCCAACGAUGUGUUCUUCUACGGCAACAAGCUCUUCCAGAGCGACUUCAUCGCGGUUAUUAGCCCCAAGUCCUCCUCCAUCAUGCCCACCUGGCUGUGGAACAUGGUCAACAUCGGUGUCUCGCUGGUCGGUUACUACCUGGCUUCCUUCCUCAUUGAUAACAAGCUGUACGGCCGCAAGUGGAUGCAGACUGUCGGUUUCCUGAUGUGCUUCGUCAUGUUCGUCGUUCCCGCCUUCCACUACAAGUACUACAAGUCGGAGGCCCACAUCAAGGAGUUCCAGACCAUGUACUUCCUCAGCUCCUUCUUCAACCAGUUCGGCCCCAACUGUGUUAGCUUCCUGGUUGCGGCUGAGGUCUUCCCCACCCCCAUCCGUGCUACUGCCCACGGUAUCUCUGCCGCUGCCGGUAAGGCCGGUGCUCUGUUCGCCACCGUCCUCUACAACUACAUCGACACCCAGACCAAGUUCUACUUUGUUCCUUGGUUCGGUCUGCUUGGUGUCUUCCUGACCCUGGCCUUCCUGCCUGACACCACCGGUCUGGACCUGAAGGAGCAGGAACGCCGCUGGCAGUGCCUCCGUGAGGGCCGCGAGGAGGACUACCAUGGUCCCGCCGUCCACCCCAAGCACUUGUCCUGGUACGAGCGCUUCGUCCUGCGCAAGGGUCGCUACUACGACGCCGAGCUGGACUACCAGCAGAAGGUUGCGGAGUACCGUGCCGAGUGGGAGGCCCUCAUGGCCCAGAAGGUUGCCGAGAAGGAGGCCGGCGAGGAGGUCUUCGAAUCUGACGAGGAUCUGCUUGAGGGCCACGUCCACACCUAUUUCCACCGCACCAGCCCCAUGUUCAAGGGCAUGGAGAAGACCGCCCCCGCCAAGCAGGACGGCUUCCACUUGCCCCCGGCCGCGGAGGUCGGUUCGGAGGAGACCUUUGCUCAGGAGAAGACCACGGAAGAGUAA